UCAUUCAUUUAAACAAACGAAAAAAAAAUUUUUUUACUCGAAAAUGCCGCAAAAAUUUCAACCAAAAAUCCGUACGGAUAAAAGAUUACGAUUAGAAAUUGAUGAAUUAUUGGCGGAUGUUAAUGAUUUUAUGUGGCUGUGGCAUGGAUGGCCAAUUUGGAUUUAUCGUAAAUUGAAGUAUGCACCGAAUACAAUAUCUGCGAAUGACCGGCAACAAAUUAAACGAUUAUUAACCGAUCAGAUACCCGAUCCUGAACAAUUAUCAUUUGUUCGUCGUAUGAUUGAAACACAGCUGCCUGAAAGUGAUGAACGCAAAAAUCGUAUCGAAAAAUUGGAUCGUGCCAUUUCCAACACUGAACAUGGUCGAUCAUUUCUAAUUGAAUUGCUACAGAAGAUUGAUGAUUUAUUGGGACCACAAAAACCACAAUCAAUGGAACUAGCUCAUUUCAAUGAUCUAGAAUUGCAAUCACAAUCGAUGGACAAUGGAUCAUCAUCAAAUAAAUAUGUUGCAACAAGUUGGAAAUCAUUGACAGAAAUUUUCACUAAAAAACCACGAUCAUUUCGCAGUCGACAAUUUAUUGAAUUAUUGAUGAUGAAAAAUAUUGCAAAAGUUCAAGAUGUUUCUGCUGCUGCUACUGCUGCUUAUGCGGCAGAAACGACCACGACGACAACGAUAAAGAAAUCAAAUUAUGUUGAGAAAAAAAAUUGAAAUUUUUUUAUUUAUUUUUUUUAGCCAGCAGAUGGCAAGCCUAUAGCAUUGAUUGAUAAUAAAAUGAAUUGAAACAUUUUGACAACUCAA